AAACAGAAUUACCUACACACACACAAGCACACACUUUGAGGAAGGCUAGCAAAUGGAAGCCAAUGCAAAUGUCGCCUCUUUUGCACUGAUCACAGCUUAUUAAGAAAACAUUAACACCGCUUGACCCAAUUUCUGUUGGCAUGUUAAUUUUGUUUUCGUUGCGUUGCCCAACACUGCACAUGACGUGCGUGGUGUGUUUUGGUCACACUGGCAAAGCACACUAAAGCGUUCACAGCGAAUUGCAAAAUUGCAAAGUUGAAUUUAUGCAAAUCUAAAUCACGCAUGUCAAAAAUGGGUAACCGCGUUAAAAGAGGAGAGCAGAGCCAUCUGAAAGUGGGCGACUUUGUGUUUGCCAAGGUGCGUGGCUUUCGUCCGUGGCCGGCACGUAUUAUGUACAAGGAUAAGCGGAGCGUGUAUCACGUGUUCUUCUACGGCACCUGCAACACUGCUAAAGUGGGCAUCUGUGAUCUCUACGAGUACGAGAAGCACAAGGCACGCUUGGGCGAUGUGAAGCGCAGAGCAAACAGCGCCUUCAAGAGCGCCAUGCUGCAUGUUGAGAACUCGCAGGAUCAACGCAAGCUCGAUCAUGGCUACUUAAAGGCAAAAUCCGAAUACUUGGCGGCUAGAAAGAGGCAGCGCCAGCAGGAAGAAUCAGACUCCGAGAACACUUCAUCAGCAUUGGGACCAGAUCGAGGUGCCCUUCGUGCACAUCACCGGCGACACCGACAGCGAAUGAUCAGUUACUAUAUACCGAGCAUUUUUAGCAUUAAGCCAAAAGUCAUCGCAGUAAAUGUAAAUUAUUGAUUCUUUCGACCUUUGACUUUCAUUUUAAUUCGAAUAUCCUUGAUCAGUUUAAACUCAGUGGAUAAAUUAUGCUCAGAUAUAAUAUCGAGUAUUAUUUGCCUUACAUUAAAGUCAAACUAUGUUAAAGUUGCUUCUAUUUGAAGUACCAGUUAUAUCAAUUUGAAUUUCCU